AUGUCACUGCUGAACUCGGUCUUGGGUUCGUUCUCUCCACCUCCGUCAAAGUUCCGGCGAUCCUUUGAAGACCCACAUGCACGCGACCAUGAGCUGCCAUUCUACAACUCUCCACCGCCAUCGCGCAUACCACCGCCAGUGACGUCUUCGCUACUAUGGAGCGCCCCAGAAGCCAGUAUAUCGCCUGCACCUCGUGUCCCGGACGAUGUGCUCACAUUGCAACGGCGCGCUCGUCAUCUAGAGCAGCAGCUUCAGGAGCUACUUGAUGCGCAGGCGGACGGGCUAACGAAAGGUCUCGGCAGUAAUGAACCUAUAUCAGAUGACUUGGUCUCGAACGGUAGUACCACACCGACAGUCAGCAGUGUCCGCUCGGCCGACAGAAGUGUAGAAAGUGGCGACGAUGAGCGCAAACCUUCUAGAAGGAAGCUAGGCCUGAGCACCGCGAGAAGAGGUAUCUUCAGGCGCAUACAGCAGCUUGCAAGCGUUAAAGCGGAGGAGCUGGACAUGCUUGAUAAAAAUUUGAGGGACUUACAGCACAAAGUGGAGAAGACCGAGGCUUGGACCCAGAAGCGUGCACGACUGGAAGCGAAGAUCCACGGUAUUGAGGGCGAAAACGCUGGCGCAAAGAUCCAGGAACUCCAGACUGAAGCUUCAAAGCUAGAACAAGAGAUCAAACAAAAGGAAGAGGAAUUGUGGGCGCUCAAGCGGCAGCAACGGCGAGUCCUCGAUGAGCUUGCAGAUACUGAGAAUUCCAAGGAAGCGAGAUUAUCUUCCUACAAGACUUCAAUCUCUAUGCUAGACAAAGAGGUUUCGAGCUUCCUCGCGCGCCCUCCGAGUGCGAACCACACGCCAUUGUCUACCUCGCCUUUCCCUACACUUGCUCCCAAACGUCGAACUCUCGAGAUGGCACACGAAUACUGGCAAGACGAAUAUACAAGACUGGCAGAGAGGUGCGAGGAAGUUGAUGUUGAGCGUGCUGCACUUGAAGAAGGCUCAACGCUGUGGAACGACACGGUGAAGAAAGUGGCCGGUUACGAAGCAAGCUUGCAACGGUACAUGCACAAAGUAAGCAAGAAUGGUGCUGCAGAUCCGACACGCCUGCUGGAACAGAUGGAUACUACCAUCUCGUUCCUUGAUGAAAAAUGGGAAUACGCCUCGUCUAGAAGCUGGAACCUCCUCAUGUGUGCCAUUGGCGCUGAGCUGGAAGCCUUUCAGCAAGGUCGAGAUCUCCUACAUGAAGCACUCGGAGUAAAGCGGAAGGGCAAGGAGAAAGCUACAGGCUCACUCGUAGAGCUUGAGGAUUUUAAGGCUCCACCAGAGGAGAUGACUGGAUCAGCCAUCAGAGUCGGACGUUCACCGCCGAAGCUUGCAUUGGUCAAGCCGAGUCUGUUCGAGACUGAUGACUCGAAUGACGACCCUGACCCUGAGCUAAUGAUUUCCCACCAGGACACUGAUACUGAUUGA